AUGGCGGUCACUGCUUUUACAUCGCCAGGGAACUCCCCAGAAAUAACUCUAUUAAAUGUGUCACGACUCUUCACCCGCCUCGAACACAAUCUCCUAUCUCCAGCUUCAGAGCUCCACAACUUGCGCCGGUCUGAACUGCAGCGUAUGCGAGUAGCAAAGUUGUCCUUGCAGAAUGUUGAAUAUGCACGCACGCUCCUCUCAGAGCUCGAACGCUCUCUACCCCAAAUGAAAGUUUUGGAUCGGCGACACGAGGCACAGUCCGAGAUAGCGCGUGACAGACAGCUCCUCAAGCGCAUGCAAGCCGUUCUAGACGAGGAAACCCACGCAGAUGAACACGAGACCGACGACGUCGACGUCGACGCAGAAUGGAACGAUCUCCUCGCAAAACCAGUCACAGGAAAGACAAUAACCUCCAGUGAACCGCAGAGCGAAGUGAAUCAUGCGAUAAACAAUGAUGGCGCAAUUAGUUCACCACUCGCCACUUUGCCCUCUGUCACUUCCACGCCUACGCCCACCGCCACCUCAUUACCAAUACCGUCGUCAACCCUGCGCAGCCGCACUCGUGACCCAUCUACGACCCCUGCACUUGAUACGGCGAUGUCGACAGCUAGAACGACGGGAGGAAAGCCGAAUGAGAAAUUCGUAUCAGCAGAACAAGCCAUUAGUGCACAGCGGUUGGAACAGGAGGAUCUCACUAGCUCGUUACUUUCAUUGGCUGGGCAGCUGAAAGCGUCGUCACACGCUUUCCACUCUACGUUGGAAAAUGAAAAGUCGGUCUUGGAUCGUGCAGUCACUGGGAUUGAUAAGACCUCUUCGACCAUGGAGGCGGCGGGGCAACGCAUGGGGAUGUUACGAAAGAUGACAGAGGGAAAGGGCUGGUGGGGGCGAAUGAUGCUUUAUGCUUGGAUCUUUGGGUUAUGGGUUGUGGCUUUGUUGAUUGUGUUUAUUGGUCCUAAAUUGCGGUUCUAG